AUGCCUUUUGGGGUGACUAACGCACCGUCAGUAUUUAUGGAUCUAAUGAAUCGUGUUUUCCAUAUGUACCUCGAUUUGUUUGUAGUUGUGUUUAUUGAUGAUAUUUUAAUUUACUCGACUAAUCAUCAAGAGCACGGGGAGCAUCUGAAAACAGUACUAAAUGUUCUAAGGGAAAGGCAGUUAUUUGCUAAACUCAAGAAAUGCGAAUUUUGGAUGGAGAAAGUUCCAUUCUUAGGGCACGUUAUCUCAAAAGAUGGAAUAGCAGUUGAUCCUAGCAAAGUUGAGGUUGUCGUCAAUUGGGAGCGGCCAACCAACGUCCAUGAAAUCCGCAGCUUUCUUGGAUUGGCAGGUUACUACCGAAGAUUCGUAGAAGGUUUUUCCAAUCCUUCCGACCCUUUGACCACCCUCACUAAGAAGAACGCUCAUUUUCAAUGGAACGAUAAGUGCGAAGCAAGCUUUCAAGAGCUGAAAAAGAGGUUAGUAACUGCACCUGUCCUUGUACUGCCAAGAGAGUUUGAGAAAUUCGUAGUUUUUAGUGAUGCCUCUCUUAAAGGACUAGGGUGCGUACUCAUGCAACAAGAUAAAGUUAUAGCUUACGCCUCUAGAUAG